UUGAGCAAGAAUUCAUCAGGAAAACACAACAUGCCUUCGACCGUUGUAAACGCGUUUUAUUUCUCUGCAUUAUUCGUGUGUAGUUUCACACAUGCGGACGUACGCAUUCACAAUGUACAGCCCUUCGAUUAUAGAUCAAACUUUAACUUAAAUGGAAACGAUCUUCAGUUAGUAAAAACCAAAAAUGAAAAAGUGUCAAGUCCUGUAAACGAACAGUUUCCCUCAGCGGUCCUCUUCGGGAGAACGUGCGGAGGUACUAUCAUCAGUCCCACGUGGAUCCUCACAGCUGCUCACUGUACGUUGUUCACUGGUGGGAGAGAUGUACUUGCGGGAACUAACAAUACCGAGAACGGUACUGGCCAGCGCCUCAGAGUUAAACGUCUCGUAGUACAUCCUCGCUUCUCAGUAGGACCCUACUGGUUGGACGCCAGCCGUUACAACAUAAAACAGGUGGGAGCGCGAUGGGAUUUCCUGCUAGCGGAGUUAGAAAGCCCUCUUCCUUUGGACGGCAAGACUAUGGUGGCGGCGGAUCUGGACGAUCGCGCCAGACUGCCGCCCGGCGAACAGGUCGGGUAUGCCGGCUUCGGCGCAGACAGACACGGAGGAGUGAUGCGAGAAGAUAUGCAUGCCAUGGACCUGGAAAUUCUUGCAGAUGAAGAGUGCACCGACCUAUUGGAAUAUGACAGUACAGACAUGAUAUGUACGAAGGGCCGCGCACCGCGGUACGACUCCGCCUGCAAUGGUGACAGUGGUAGUGGACUCAUAAGAAAUGGUAAGGUCCUGGGCGUCGCCUCUUGGGUAGAAAAUGAUGCUCUCGAAUGCAAAAACGGCGCCAGAGUCGUGUUCUCACGAGUAGCCAGCGCGAGGGAUUGGAUUAAACAUAUUACGAAAGUAUGAAUAUGUAUCACUUUAAUUUUAUUUACAAAAAUAGCUUCGAUUACGGAUACAAAUAAAUUGAAUUUGUUAAUGUUCAAAAAAUUUAACCAAAGAAUAAAAAUAUUUUAUUACCAGUC